AUGGGCAUGCGAGCCUCGUUUGAUAAUGUGAACAUUCUGCUGAAUCUGAACAGCACAUCAUCGGUCGUAAUUCAACCACGCGGUAUGGAUGUCAACCUUCGGUACAAAGUACCUGACGGCUUGCGACCGUUGUUGGAAGCACUGGCAAGAGAGACGUUGCGAUCACAGCCGAAAGACAUCGUGCGAUUUGCCCAACUAUUCUUUGAGGAGCUGCAACAUCACAGA